UUUUCUUUUCAGAAAAUAGCUGAGCGCGAAUUAUUAAGCAAAUUUUUUGAAUUGUAUCAAUUUUGUGAAUUUAAUUAAUAUUCCUGAAAUUACAGUGAAGUUAAUUCCUCUUGUUCAGAGCAUAAAUAAUACAUAAUCAUGAGUUUCAAGCCAAUCGAUGAAUCCAAAGAAGAUUACCGCUUGUAUUUAGCGAAACACGGUGUUUUAGAUGCAUUAACUAAGGUUCUAUCAAAAAUACAAGAAAUGCAGCCUGAGAAUCCUCUGGAAUUUUUAGCAUCAAAUCUUUCUGUAUCAUUAAAUCAACAAGACAUGAUUCGUGAUUUGGAAAUGAAAUUAGGCAGUGCCACUCAGGAAAUUAAUCGUUUACAAAAGGAAGUUGAGCGCUUGAAACAACCACCAAAUCGCUUUAAUUUUAAAUGAAACUACAAAGCUACUGUCUAUAAUCAUUUAAAAAGUUGUCAAUUAUCCACGGCAAUCGUGGAACUAUCAUCAAAACUUGCCAAUGAAUCUUUAAAUUUUUAAUAAACUUUCCAUUAUCAUACAUUUACAAGGAAUAUUUUUGAACUUUUCUAUUUUUUUCACAUACCUAUAUUUAAUAUUAAAGGACAUACAUUCAUUCCGUGAUUGACAUUCUAUCUGAAAUGUACUCUUUUGACAGUGAGACAAAAGUAUUAAGUUCGUAUCAAUUACAGCCUUUUUACAAUCAUUUUGUAACUGCUGGACAACAUGCUUUACACUAUCUUCUUCGAGAUCCAUCGAAAGUCAUUCAAAUAAGCUACGACGAUGGAGUUACAUUGACUGCUGGUGAAAUGGCAAAAUUGGGAUUAAGGAUUGCUAAGAAUGUCUCAAAAGAAGGCUUAAAAUUAGGGGAUGUGAUUGGUUUAGUAGCAAAAAAUACAACUUAUGUUGCUCCAGUCGUUUUGGGAUCCUUAAUAUUAGGAACACCAUGCUCGACACUUGACCCAACUUUCGAUGAAGGUGAAAUUGCUCAUAUUUUCAAGCAAACGAAUCCAAAAAUUGUGUUUUGUGAUCAUGACAAUAUGAAGAAUGUGGAAAAAGCUCUACAAAGCAUCAAUAAUGGAUCUGAAGUCAUCACAAUCGAUCAACGAGUCCAAGGUGUUCGAUUCGUUACUGAAAUGUUUGAGUUAUUACAAGGCGAAGCUGAAUAUGUACCCAGAAAUUUUGGCACUGAAGCAUAUAAAGCAUGUGGUGUGAUUUUAUGUUCCAGCGGAACUACAUCAAUUUCUAAAGGCACGAUGUUAUCACAUUCUCAGUGUAUAAUUAUUGCCAGUGCUUGGUCGCAAAUUCAUUAUCCAACAAUUUUCUGCUUCAGUUCCUUAUAUUGGUUGUCAGGCUUUACAACAUUAAUGCAAUGCUUGGCAAAUAAUGUCAAACGGAUAAUCACAAAGCGUCCUUAUCGUCCACUACUUUUGAUUCAUUUAGUUGAACAAUUUCGAGUUAAUGUCAUUGUCACGGCACCAUCACAUGUUGCCUUAUUACUACAAUCACCUUACCUCAAAUUUGCAGAUUUUAGCUCUAUUCGAGUAUGGAUUAUGGGAGGUGGUGCUGCUAAUACACUUAUUCGUAAAGGACUUCAAGAUCAUAUUCUGUAUGGAACGAUAGUCAUGACAUAUGGAAUGACUGAAGUUGGUCCUAUAAUUUCAUCUACAGGUCCAUUUGAAACCAUAUCUAAUAGUAGUGGAAAGUUGAGUCCUAAUUUUAAAGUUAAGAUUAUUGACGAAGAUGGAUUUGCUUUGGAUUUAUAUGAAGUUGGUGAGAUUUAUUUAAUGCCACCUUAUAGAUUUUUAGGAUACGCAAACAACGAUGAAGGAACUAGAAAUGCAUUCGAUCCAGAAGGCUGGUUAAAAACAGGAGAUCUUGGAUAUUUAACAGAAGAAGGCGAGAUCUUCAUUGUAGACCGCAAAAAAGACAUGAUUAAGUACUUGAAUUAUCAAGUUGCUCCAUCAGAAAUUGAAGCUUUUGUGAAUGGAAUUAAUGGAGUUUCAGUUGCUUGCAUUGUCGGAAUUCCUGACAUGAUUAGUGGAGAUUUACCAGCAGCUGUUGUCAUAAAGGAUAACAAUAGUGACAUUACUGAGCAGGAUAUUAUAGAUGAAGUAGCAAGGAACUUUCCAAUAUUCAAGAGACUACAUGGUGGCGCAUAUUUUGUCGACUCAUUACCAAUGACACCUUCUGGAAAAAUCAAGAAGCGAUUAGUACGUAAAAUGGCAGCACAAAUGUACAAGUCACAAGAAAUUAAUGGAAAUUACUAAAAUGGGCACUUGAAACCUAUGAGUUCAUCUCAUUCGAGAUAUGGAAAUAAAAUAU